AUGGAGGAUGAGAAAAUUGCUGAAGUUGUGUCUCCUUUACAAUCACCCCAAGAUAAUGGUCCUCGUCACGGUGAAGCUCCAUCAAGCCCUGCUACAAAUGGAAAUGUAGAACUUGAUCAAGUUCCCACAACAGGCAAUAUAGUUUCAUCUUCAUCAGUUGAAAAAAUAGAGUCAAACCACCAAGUUGUAUUGAAGGACGAUUCCAAAUCUGAAGCAAGGCAAAAUGCAUUGAAUGAACAGGAGGAAUCUCUAGAGAAAACCACAGGCAUCGAACUUUCCUCGAAUGGUCUACAACAUCAAGAGAAGACCGAAGCCUUACAAAAUUCCUCCGAUGGACAGCAAUCUCAAGGAAAAUUGGAACCCAUACCUAAUGAAAGAGCACAACCCGAUGAACCUCCUUUGCCCCACGUGAAGGUUAGAGUGCAGCAAGAUAAGCUAGCUUCUCCGCAUGCAAGGGUUGCGAGUCCUGCUUUCAGGACACCAAAAUCUGUUGACUCUCCUCGACUUGUUAAGCAGGGUGAUACAAGCAGAGGUCUAAUUGAUACGGCAGCACCUUUUGAAUCUGUUAAAGAAGCUGUUUCCAAGUUUGGAGGAAUUGUUGAUUGGAAAGCUCAUAGAAUCCAGACUGUAGAGAGACGCAAGCUUGUAGACCAAGAACUAGAGACAGUACAGGUGGAGAUGCCUGAGUACAAGAACCGGUCAGAGGCUGCUGAAGAGGAAAAAACACAAGUUCUUAAGGAGUUGGACAGCACUAAGAGACUAAUUGAAGAGCUAAAGCUCAAUCUGGAGAGGGCACAGACAGAAGAGCAUCAGGCAAAACAAGAUUCUGAGCUUGCCAAGCUUAGGGUGGAAGAAAUGGAACAGGGCAUUGCUGAUGAAGCUAGUGUUGCAGCCAAGGCGCAACUUGAGGUUGCUAAAGCCAGGCAUUCAGCUGCAAUAUCAGAACUAAAGGCUGUUAAUGACGAGUUGGAAGCACUGCAUAAGGAAUAUGCUUCUUUGGUCAGUGAGAAAGAUGAAGCUGUGAAAAAGGCUGAAGAGGCUGUUUCUGCAUCCAAGGAAGUUGAAAAGACUGUAGAGGAACUCACUAUUGAGUUGAUUGCUACAAAGGAAUCCUUAGAGUCUGCGCAUGCUGCUCAUCUGGAGGCAGAGGAGCAGAGGAUAGGAGCAACCAUGGCCAAGGAGCAAGAUUCUCUUCACUGGGAGAAGGAAUUAAAGCAAGCAGAAGAGGAGCUCCAGAAACUUAGCCAACAAAUUCUUUCAGCAAAGGAUCUCAAAUCAAAACUAGACACUGCUUCAGCUUUGCUAGUUGAUUUGAAAGCUGAAUUAGCAGCUUAUAUGGAAUCUAAAAUAAAGGAGGAAACUGAAGGAGAACCAAAAGCUGAGCAAGGGGAACCAGAGAAAAAAACUCAUACCGACAUACAAGCAGCAGUUGCUUCAGCAAAGAAGGAACUGGAAGAAGUAAAACACAACAUUGAGAAAGCAACUGCCGAAGGAAAUUGCUUGAAGGUGGCUGCUAUAUCAUUACAAACUGAGCUAGAAAAAGAAAAAUCAUCUCUUGCCACAAUUAAGCAGAGAGAAGGAAUGGCCUCAGUAACAGUUGCUUCUCUUCAGGCUGAGCUGGACAAGACUAGGUCAGAAAUAGCCCUGGUUCAGAUGAAAGAGAAAGAAGCCAGAGAAAAGAUGGUUGAGAUUCCCAAGCAACUUCAGCAAGCAGCAGAAGCAGCAGAUGAGGCCAAGUCACUUGCCCAAAUGGCUCACGAAGAGCUCCGCAAGGCGAAGGAAGAAGCAGAACAAGCAAAGGCUGGUGCAAGUACGAUGGAGAGUAGAUUACUUGCUGCUCAAAAGGAGAUAGAAGCUGCCAGAGCCUCUGAAAAAUUGGCUUCAGCAGCAAUUAAAGCUUUGCAAGAGAGUGAAUCAGCUCAUAACACCAGUGAUGUGGAUACGCCGACCAGUGUAACACUUUCUUUAGAAGAGUACUAUGAGCUCAGCAAGCGUGCCCAUGAAGCAGAGGAGCAGGCCAACCUGAGGGUAGCAACUGCUAUUUCUCAGAUUGAGGUAGCCAAGGAAUCCGAGUCAAAAACUGCAGAGAAGUUGGAACAAGUGAAUCAAGAGAUGACUGCAAGAAAGGAAGCUCUGAAAAUUGCAAUGGAUAAGGCUGAGCAGGCCAAGGAAGGGAAGUUGGGUGUAGAACAAGAGUUGAGAAAAUGGAGGGCUGAACACGAGCAACGGAGAAGGGCUAGUGAAUCUGGUCAGGGAGUCGCAAACCCCAAUAAAAGCCCAAAGGCAAGCUUCGAGGGCAGGAAAGAAUCAAAGAACUUCGACCGUGCACCGGAUGCUGCUGUGGAUUAUGCUUCGAGUCCAAAAUCGUAUAUACCUGGAAGUAACACUGAAACUGAUUCCUCUCCGGAAAUAAAGGUCCCAAGGAAGAAGAAGAAAUCAUUGUUCCCGCGAUUUUUAUUGUUUUUAGCAAAGAAGAAGUCAAAUGCAUCCAAGACAGGGUAA